AUGCGCGUCCUCAUCAGCGGCGCAGGCAUAGCCGGCCCCUCCCUCGCCUGGUUCCUCGCCAAAUCCGGUGCCAAAGUCACCACCGUCGAAAAAGCACAAUGCAUCCUCCCUCACGGUCAAAACAUCGACAUCCAAGGUAGUGCCCGAAAGGUCAUCAAAAAGAUGGGACUGGUGGACGAAAUCCUUCGGUUCAACACCACAGAAAAGGGAACCCAACUCAUAGACCCCAAGGGCCGUCCCUUCGCUCCGUUCCCCGUUCAGAAGGGGAACAGCGGAUCCAUGAGCUUCACAUCAGAAUUCGAAAUCCUUCGUGGAGAUCUAGCGGCCGUAUUUUAUAAAGCUACCAGGAAUCAUCCUAAUGUUACUUAUUUAUUCGAUACUACGGUUAAACAGGUUAUUUCUAACGAUACGGAAGGGCAAUGUGUUAAAGUCGAAUUAAGCAACGGAGAAGUCCAAACCUACGAUCUUUUGGUCCUAUCGGACGGUCAAUGGUCCAAAUUACGAAAAUCAUGUUUCCCCGCUGAAACAGUAAAAGUCGUGGAUAAGGACAUGUUCGCGGUAUACUGGACCAUACCGAGAAUCCCCACCGAUAACGACUGGUGGAACAUCUACGCGGCUUUGGGACGUAGACUCGUGAGUUUGAGACCUGACCCUUACGGUACCAUUCGAGCCAUGUUCACCCGCAUGCCCUUGAACGAAGCUCAUCGACAGGAAUGGUUUACGGCUGCCAGGGGGGAUAGAAAAACACAGGAGGCGUUGUUAAGGAAAGAAUUUACAGAUGCGGGAUGGCAGGCUCAAAGACUUUUGGAUUCGAUCCCCACCGCACCGGAUUUUUACUUCCAAGCUAUGCAGCAGAUAAAAAUGACGAAAUGGUCUACGGGGAGGAUUGUCUGUCUGGGUGAUACGGCAUACGCACCGACACCGCUGACGGGGAUGGGUACUUCGCUUGCAAUUAACGGAGCAUACGUCCUUGCCGGGGAACUUAGUAAACUGGAAGAAGGGGAACACCCGUCAAAGGCGUUUGAGAGGUAUGAAAGUCUAUUUCGACCUUUUGUGGAGGAACAACAGAAGGUUCCGUCGUUGUUGCCGGGGUUUGUACAUCCUAAUGGGGCGGGGCAUAGGUUUUUGAUCAGUAUUAUGGGAUCGGCGCUUUCGAAGGUGGUGAGGACGCCGUGGCUUAUUAGUAGGCUUGUAGGGAUUCUUUUUGAUGAUGCCGAUGGUGAUGAUUUUCCGUUGCCGAGGUAUAAGGCGUUUGAGGACGAGGAGACAAUGGAAGGGGGUGGUGAGGUUGAUUCACGGGUUUGA